UUUCGUCACCUUCACUACGUGUGCUAAUCUGUUGAGAUUAAAGGUUCCAUACAGACAACACCGAUGCAGUUCGGCGUCCCAGCGCUGAAUUGUGUCCCGAUAAUACUGUAAAUCGUAAAAUGAUUUGGUUUGAGGGUACGAUCCCCGCUGCCAUCGCCUCUGCCAAACAGCAAAAUGCUAUAUUCGUCGUCGUUAUUACAGGGGACGAUGCGCAGUCAGCACAGGUGCUGUCUUGCUGGGAAGGUGACAGAGUCGCCGAGGCCACCGAGAACUGCUGUGUUGCGAUAAAAAUAGACGCCAGUAGUGAAACCUGUGUGCAGUUUUCUCAGAUCUACCCUGUGGUGUGUAUCCCAACAAGUUUCUUUAUUGGAGAAAAUGGAAUUCCUCUUGAGGUGAUUGCAGGCAGCAUGUCUGCUGAGGAGCUGGUAAAGCGGAUCACUAAGGUCAAACAGAUGCACCAGCAACAGAUGGGGGUUCCAGAUGGGGGUCCAGCCAAUGCUAUGGCAGGGCCACAGACAGAGACCUCUUCCACACCAUCAGGUGCCACAGAACUAGCCACCCAGCAGGUCUGUCCCCCUCAGAAUGGCCCGCCCGGUUUCACACUACCACCCAGUGUGGCCAAUUGGAGCGUUUCAGCAUCAACUACUCCCAAUGAAUCCCUGCCUGGGCCACUGGAGGAGGGUGGAGAGGAAGGUCAUGUGACUCCGAAGGAGGAUAGGCGUAUGUCAUCCGACGAAGCGAUUCUGAACUCUGGAACGGGUGACAACCUCAGUGCCAAGGUGGAGAGGUUGACAAAGAAACUUGAAGAUAGACGGGAGCAAAAGAAAAAAGAAGAGGUGGAGAAGGACCUGCAGAAGGAGGUGGGACGCAGGAAGCUGGGUAAUGAGAUGCUGGACUUCAAGCGGAAGCAGGAGGAGGAUAAGACCAAGCGGCUGCUGGAGGAGAGGAACCGGGAGAAGGCAGAGGAGAAGGCAGCCAAGGAUCGCGUCAGACAGCAGAUCGCCAUGGACCGAGCUGACCGAGCGGCCCGCUACGCCCGGAACCAGGAGGAGGUGGAGGCGGCCCGUUUGGCGGCGCUGGAAGCCCGGCAGGCUGAGCAAGGAGCCAGAAAAGAGGCAUCAAAGACGGAGAGAAGCUCGACGGCGAGAAUACUGUUCCGUCUCCCUGAUGGCUCAUCUUUCUCCAACCAGUUCACUUCCGAUGCGAAGCUUCAGGAGGCUCAGCAGUUUGCAGCACAGGAAGUGGGGAACCGGUAUGGCAACUUCCUGCUGGCCACAAUGUUCCCUAGGAAGGAGUUCACAGGGGAGGACCUGGACAAGACCCUGCUGGAGUUGGGGCUCGUUCCCAGUGCUUCUGUAGUUCUGCUGCCUGAUACAGGACGUCCUACAAACACUGUGGUGCAGUCUUCUGGAGGAGGUGGCAUCUGGGCACUACUGGGGACACUGUUCUGCCCCAUACUGACCGUGUGGAGGUUGAUCAGCAGUUUCAUCUUCGGCAGUCCCCCGCCCCCCAGCACGUCUACCCGGGCCCCGCCCCAUUCCCCCGGUCCUGCCUCAUCCAGCGAACCAAAGAGUGAAUCGAUUCGCAGGCGAGUUGUGGAGAAACGACCAGAGGACUUUAAGAGAGAUGGUAAGAUCUACAGGCUAAGGAGACAGGACGACAGCGAGGAUGACAACAACACCUGGAACGGCAAUUCCACCCAGCAGAUGUAGCUCACCGAUGCCAGCUAACGCGCAAUAACACUGGUUUUUCUUUGUCACACUUAUUUUGAGCAAUAUUAAGUAUCCAUUUAUUUUCUUUUAUUUAAAAUCUUCCUCUGGCUUGAACAACUUUUGUAUCUUGUUAUCUUUGAUGUUAACAGAUUAUCCCUCCUUUGUAGGACAUUGGCAGACACUAAAACACUUGUUUAUUGCAUAACAAGGGAGGUUUGGUUCAGUGUGUGCAUUUCUCUUCAAACACAACGCGCCGUCAUUGAGUCAAACUAUGUUUAUGUUGGAAUCACAGGAGUGUGUGCGCUAUAUGCAGACGAAAGCAACACCUCCUUUUCUGUCCCAAGGAUUUGGCCUCUGUACCUAAGGAAAGCACACCGUCUUUUUGUCUUUUCAGAUGAAAAUGUGAUUGGUGUGGCAUUUUAUAUUGAGCGUUGUGCCCACACAUGCGUGUAGUCUGUACUUCUGUUUAACAAUGAGAGUGCUUUAACAGCUCAUUUAAUAAUCAGAAUUUAAAAAAAUAAAGGUUUGCAACUUUU